AUGGCGGUCGUCGAGAUUGCAUGCUUCAAUACUCUGUCAGCCCGAAUCGCCCAUGAAGCAGGAGCAACUCGUAUCGAGCUCUGCGACAACGCCGACCUGGGGGGAACGACACCUCCAGUGGAGUGGCUGACCAGCAUUCGAAACGGUAUCGACGUGCCCAUCAAUGUCAUGAUCCGCGCUCGCGGGGGCAGUUUCGUCUAUACAGCUCAGGAGUUUGACACAAUGAAAGACUCCCUGAACACAUUCAAGUCUACGGGCAUGGUUGACGGCUUUGUUUUCGGCAUGCUCACGACCGAACAUACCGUCGACGUCGACAGGACGACUGAGUUGGUGAGCCUCGCUGCUCCUUUACCGUGCACAUUUCACCGCGCCUUCGAUGAACUCGAAGAUCUACAUCGGGGUCUGGAAGAUGUCAUUCGUUGUGGAAUCAAAACAAUCCUCACUUCAGGUGGCGAGUCGAAUGCAGUUCAGGGCCGUGAAGUUCUGGCUCAGCUCGUGAAACAGGCCGGCGACAGAAUUGUCAUCAUGCCAGGGGGAGGUGUGAGGUCAACGAAUCUUGGGAUGUUACACCAGGAAAUCCAGGCUUCUGCAUAUCAUUCUUCUGCCUUGAUUCAAUCUGACACAGUGGUUAAUGCUGAGGAAGUCAGCCGUAUGAGAGCCAUAUUGUGGUAAGGCUUGCUUUUGUUGUCAAUGGAUUGACCGCCGUUGACUACGAUCC